GCAGUCAGACGUCGUCGCGCGUUCUCGUUUACGUACAACUAAAGAGCUAACCGGCGUUUUAGUGUAAAUAUUUACAACAAUGCAGCUCUGUCUUAUUUUGAUUGCGACCGGUUGCGCUAUUAUCAAUGCCUCACCUAGCAAUAUGGCUAAGUUAAGUGCUAUAAAGUUUCCGGAGCACAUUGAUGAUGAUGUACCAGAACCAUGUAGAAAUCUCACCUAUUGCACAAUACCACCGAAAAAUUAUCCAUUUAAGGAGUUCAAUGAAAUGUUCAAAUAUUAUAAACCUGUCCCACAACCAAAGCUAGUCUUAUCACCAGUUACUAUUAAUACGCGAGGAGAAUUUGAUGACGAUUGCGAAACGAAAAUAACUUAUGACCCCCUGUAUAAGGUGCGUGAGAAGCGUGGUAAUGAAUGGCGCAAUGUGAUACAGGCGUCUGAACACGAUUAUAUACAGAGUGUUCGCUUGGAGAUUUGCCAAAAUACGGAAGCGUCAUGUUUCAGCAAUCUAGAGGAAUUACAGGACUCCUACUCAACCUUUUGCUUUCAAAAGUACAAUGUUUGGAAGGUGUUGGUGGAAAAACCGGGACAUGCACCAGAAGAGAUCGAGGCAGAGUUGCCCGUGUGCUGCUCUUGUCAUUAUAAAUCGAAGCCACUGACAAGCCUGUAAAGGCGAAAAUAUCAUAGACAAUAAACGCUGUGUUUUUGAAUUGUAGAGCCGGUGACAAAGAGCGGUUCUCUUUGGAUAGGCAUUGAGACCAAUUGUUGUUUUAUACUGACAAUAUUGUUGCGUCAUAGUCCGACAGUGAUUUUGGUUAUUAUGAAAAAAUUAAAUGCUUGUUUUUUUACACAGAAGUUUAUCGAAUUUGUAUUUGAGAAUACCACGUGACCAAGCGUGAGCUAAUGUAAAUGCCAUAUAAAACAAAUGAACAUCUAUCCGAUAAUGUUUUUUGACAGCUCGGUUUUUAAUACAAUGCUUCGAGCGAACGGGUCAAACCUGUCGCAAAAUAUUUUGUCUAUAGGAAAAGCACGUUCUAGUAUUAAUUAAAAGUAUUAUACGUCGACAUUAUUUUAUAUUAACCUUAUUUAUGUUUGUUUUUUUACUAACUAUAAUGUGUGUUUUGCAGUUGAUAAAAAAUAUUAUAAAAUAAAAUUUUAUAUUCCGCGAAUUGAAUCUAUUAAAAUUACGUAAUCACCUAGACGAUUAUGCGCACCCACGCAGUUAAUAAGCCAUUUAGUGCUAACUGUUUAAAUCUGUUAAUUAUAAGGUUCGAUUUACGUUGGUAAAUUAAAACUAGUCAAAAGAUUUUACAAUAAAAAUAUUAAAAACUGA